UUCACCAGAGAGGAGGCAUGCUCAUAAAGACCUUUAGUGAAUGUCACACAAAACAUGAGACUCUCUGAGUACCUUUUUUGUUUUCAUCCAAAGAUCUGGCAUUGUUUAACAAACUGCUCAACAGCCAUCAGCGAAGGAGGGGGCCAUUUACACAGAGGCAAGCUAAUGGGCAAAAAAAGUGACAGUAAUUUGGAAAAGUGAAGUUGUGGAGUGAACACCCCUGAGAUUCAUCUGGAUGAUGUUGUGACAGGGAUCCCCCGCCUGCCUUCAGCCACUUUCUGGAAAGGCAGACAGCUCAGUGACAGCCACGAGAUCAGCACAGGAAUUUGUUUGGUGUGCCUAAGAGAUCAGUAACAGCCGCUCCUAACGUGACUGCGUUGCGAGGUGACAGUGUUUCCCUGGAGACGCUGAAUCCAUACAGCCCCAGCCCGGACCCUGGCAGGUCACCUCUGCUCAGAGGGUGCUGAACUACUACCCUGUGCAGGGGAAAAGAUGGGAAGAUAAGCGCUGGCUGUGCACCAAUAGCCUUAUGCGAGAUGCGAGGACUUUAUGCAGCAGCAAACCAUGUCGGAAAGUUCUUCAGGUCUGAUUACGAGCAAUCAAAAAUUCUGUACAUCCUAUUCAACCUGCUGCUCCAUCCUUAGUGACGUACACACUGUUCCACCAAUUUUAUCCCCAAGCAGAGGAUUCAUCAGGCAGAGCUGUGACUCAGGGCUAUCUUCCACACUUCCUUCUGAUCCCUUCAAGUAUCUCAGCUGGUAUGACAUAGAAGAACAUGAUGUUCAAGGAAAUCAGCUUCAUUGUCCCCGUGUGAGAGAAGGGCCUUGUGAAGAAGAGCUAUUUUUCAGAGGAGAAGAUCAUACGUUGAAAAAAAGAGAACAAGUAACUGACACAGAGAUGUGGCAAAAGAAACUGCAGGAGAACUGGGAAAACUGUGCUGAGCUGAACCUCUCAUUUCAGGACCUGGGUGAUCUUUACCAGGUGGAAAACUUCAGAAGGAUUCUCCAAAGAUUGAUACGGGUGGAAAAACUUUGGUUGGUGGACAAUUCUUUGACAGACCUAAGUGCCAUACGGUUGCCAAGAUGCAGAGAACUAAACGUCAAUAAAAACUACUUUACAUCAUUCAGACAGCUGCCAAAGUUACCUCAGAUUCAGCACCUGUCACUGGCUGAAAAUAACAUUAUGACGCUGAGUGGAAUAUCGGACUUGAGACAUACUCCACUUGAAUCCCUUAUACUCAAGAGGAAUCCUUGUGAGUUUCAAGAAAGCUACAGGCAACAUGUAUUCUCCAGUUUGCCAAAUUUGAAAGUACUGGAUGGUGUCCCAAAACUGCCAGAGGACUAUUCACCCCCAGAUACCAGUUUUUUCCCCAGAAUGUGCACUGUACUCUAGCACUGUAUGUGUGGGAUCACAGCUGUGCUAGAAUCACCUUACUUAAAAGAAUCAAUAAAUUCUGUACAUGGAAACU